AUGGAUGUAAUCAGUCGUCGGAUGCAUCUUCUUGUAUUCCAGGCUCUCCAUUUCAGGUCAACAACAAUCAAUCAAUUGAUCAACAACCAUGACGACACAGAGGAUCUGGAAAGAAGGAGAGUGUCUUCAAAUGUCUUGAACUCAGCCCCGACCAUCUACACAUUGUCGCACUACAAUCAAUGGAUCUACGACCAGAUGAACGACACCAUAGGGAUUGACAACAAUAUGGGAGGAAGUGGCUAG